AUGGACCUCUUCCCUGCUCAACCAGACCUUUCCCUACAGAUAAGCCUUCCGAACACUAACGGCAGGCCAACAGAAACCUGGGAAAGGAACUCAGAUGCUAGCAUCAACCUGGAAGUGGGAGGAGGUCAUCACCAUCACCAUCACCAUCACCAUUCGAGGAGAUCAUCACCCGGGGAUUCCCUAGGCAGUUCCACGAGCUCUCCCCCUCCCGCCCUUCGGUCUCUCCCCUCUUCCUGGCCUGCUGCUGCAUCCCUAGAGCUCACUGUCAGCAUUUUAGCGAGCCGACCAAUCUCCAAACCCACCACCAUCACCACAAAUGGCGGAGAGCAAACCCACCUCCACUGCCAAGACUUCCCCCAAUGUGAUCUCCAGCAGCAACUACAGCCCAUUACUGGGGUCCCCGUGUACUAUAAUCGCGAUGCCUCUCCCUUCCCCUUCGUGCAGCAUCAGCCAACGAACCGCCACCGCCGACGCCGCCGCCAACCAUCCCAUCCUGACUCGGCACCGCCACCACGGCUGAGGAUUCCGGCAAAGCGGAUUAGAAGGGCGCCCAGGAUCCGCUGGAGCACGACACUCCACACCCGCUUCGUCCACGCCGUCGAGCUCUUAGGAGGCCAUGAGAGUGUGUUUUCUUCUUCAGAACUCGAAUAGUCCCCUUUUAGUUAAGAUAAAAAUCAAUCUGCGGUGAUAUUAUAUGAUUGCCAGAUGAUUCUGAUUUGAAAGACUCGAUCAUAACUCACAAUAUGGCUGAAUUGUUUUCUCUGGGUUUCAGGGGCCACCCCUAAGUCUGUUCUUGAGCUUAUGGAUGUGAAAGAUCUCACCUUGGCUCACGUGAAAUCUCAUCUGCAGGUAAGGAAAGCAAACAUCUGCUUCUGUACUCGAUCUUCCGACGGAAACCCUAACUGGGUUUUCUCAGAUUUGCACAAAGAGCUCAGCUUUCUACUUCUCUUCGAUUUUUUCCCUACCCCAUUGAUUCAUCUGAACGAUCUCAGAAAGGAAAAGGGAUCCAUUUUCCAAUCUUUUCCUUUUACAACCUUUUCCCGUCAAACGAGCCUUGAGGAUGUUGAUCAUUUGAGUCCACCAAUCCCAAACUAUCCUGGAAAAUAAAAAUUCUCCAACCGUUUCAGGUUCAUGACUAGACAUAUUUAUGGAUAUCGCCAUCUAUGAUGAAACUAGAAGGAAACUCAGUCAUUUGCUCAUGAAAACCCAUGUUCACGGUCAAUCACUCCCACGUCUUCAGUGGUCAGCACCCAUCAAAAGGGAUAGCAACCAUUGAUUAUCAUCGGUCAAACUAUCCUCUCCUUCUCUCUCUUCACCACCCUCAGCUUCUGCCGAUCAUAGUUAUGUUGAAAUUGUGGCGAUAUGAUCCCACUAUAUAUGAAUUUUUGUUUUUUACUUCACCUGCUUCUGAAGCUCCAGACUUUUUCAUCUCAGAUGUAUCGCUCCGUGAAGUCCACCAACAGAUCUCCCGCGUUCACAGGUGAUGAUAGUUCCUUCUUUCUUCUCCUCGUUCUCAUUCUCCUUCAUGCUCUUGUCCUCCGCAUCCUCUAGUUUGUUCCUCCACUCCUCAUGCUCUGACUUGUUCUUUUACUCUUCUUCUUCUCAUCUGUCUGAUUAUGGGGGGUGGCUUUCGGUGGAUCUUCUUAGCUAAUGCAGACUGUUUCGAAAACGGUUCAGCUGGAGUGAUCUCCGGCGAAAAUGUACCCGGCAUACGCAAUCUGCAUGAAGCGUCAGCUCACCAGACAAGGUCUCCAAUGUAUCACUGCACUACUCACGGCUACUCUUGUAACCUAUAGAACGUUUCUGCCAGGUGAUAACGGUUUCUUUUAUUUUUACAUUUUUCAUGAAGGAGAUCUCGAGCUUUUCCUCGCAGGGUUUCGAUGUAUCUCUCCUCCUCCUUUUCUAGCAAACUCCGAUCUACGAAUAAAUUGAUGUAAUAAGGUUUUACCAAUGUAGACGAUAUCGAUUAAAUAAAGAUCACUCUCUAAAGCACAUCAGUAUUGACUGGAGAUGGUAAGGAAGCCCAAAAAAACGGUGCAGAUAUUUCAUAAAAUGACCAAAAGUAUCAGUUGAAUGAUAAGAAAACGCACAUUCAACAGUGCUUGCUCCAUCAUCUGGGGCAUGACAGCAUUGCUACAGCGUUCUCCACAGCCACCGCAAAUCAGCCGGUUCUACCACACUUGGAGUCGCAGGGUUGUCUCCACGUUCAUUGAAGUAUGGCCUCCUCUACUACAGCAUCCUAUCCCACGACUAUGGAGGGUAUAGCUUGGGCUUCCUCAAAACCAGAGAAUCCUCCUCUCUCUCUCUCUCUCUCUCUCUCUCUCUCUCUCUCUCUCUCUUACAGAGUUAUCGGCCUUCGUACUUCUGUUACGUGUCGAUGUAUGUGCAACACAGAGAAAGAGAGAGAGAGAGAGAGAGAGACGCACACUGAUGGAAACGUGGAUAGGUCAGACUCCACGAAAGGAAGCACAGAUGAGAGCCUUGUUGCAUCUGAGUGGGAGGGAACUAGUGACCACCAUGAUAGAGUGAUAUCUAUUGCGUACUUCAAGGCCAACGUGGAAAAUUUCCACGUAACCGAUGUCGAGCAACAAUAGCCAAUUAAAGGUCAUCUAAACUCUUGCUUUUGA